CUAACUAAGUGAUUGUAACAGAAAGUUUACGGUAACACUUCUUUAUUUUAUUUCAAAUUUAAGAAAAAAAAAGAAAACUUUUUAGAAAAACUAGUAUAAUUUGUUAUUAAUUCAGUACCUUGGGCGUUGAUAUACGGGUCACCCGAACCGAACCCAAACGGGUAUGGCAUUGGAGCCUUCGAGGAUGAAGAAGAAAGAAAGAGUUGGGUGACUGUGUUGACAUGAUGAAUUGAUGAUCAUCAUUCAUCAUCACAUACUAUACUUCAAUCUGCAAAAUUAACACAACACUCUUAAAUCAUUCUAACCCUCCUCUCUCCUCAUCUUGGAUCUUCUUUGCUUCCAUCUCUUUUGCCCUACACCCCAAUCCAUCCAUUAUCCAUACAUAUUACAUAUUUUGGCACACAUCGCAUAUAUUUAUAUACUCGUACAUCUCUAUAGCUGUAUAUGUGAUAAUCGAUAUGGAGCCUCCAACUUUCCAAGAAGCAGCGCGCUGCGAUGUCUGCAAAUGCAGCUUCAACACCUUCAGGCGACGGCACCAUUGUCGAUGUUGUGGGAGGACACUGUGUAACGAACAUUCAUCAAAUCAAAUGGCUUUACCUCAGUUUGGCAUUCAAUCGGCUGUCAGAGUUUGUGCUGAUUGUUUUAACAACUCCUCGCGACCAGGGCAAAGCAGUGUACGGGUUUCUCCAAAUGAAGCUAAUUCUAUAACAGAUGCAGUUUCUAGUUUAAGCAUUGCUGACGAUACACAAAGUAAGACAGAGCCAACUGUAGAGCAUCAACCUGCAGUAGGCAUUAUAGAGUGCAAGUGUGGAAUGCCUCUAUGUAUAUGUGAAGCUCCUGCCCCAUCUGUGGAUGUGCUUCCCCUGCCGAAGAAACCCUCACCCACAUCUAUCCCUCGGGCAAAUCCUAAACCGAAGAAAACAGAAACUGCAUCCAAGAAUAAAGGUUCCACGUCAUAUAGCAAGCCUAGUUCAGUUUUCAAUCCAGGACAAGUAUACAAUGGUAUGUCAGACAAAUCUCAGAUGGAUUAUGAUGUCAAUGGAGAGGGAAUGAGAGAAGCUAUUAAGAAUGGUGACACUGCUGCGGUCAAGAAGCUUCUAAGUCAGGGUGUAGAUGCUAAUUACCAUGACAAGCAAGGGUUGUCUUUGCUACAUUUGGCGGCAGUUUUUAAUCAAACCGAGAUAGUUUUUUCCCUCAUGGACAGUGGAGCCAACCUGAACUACAAGAAUGCUCAAGGGGAAACUCCACUGGAUUGUGCUCCUGCUACUUUGCAAUAUAAGAUGCGAGAGAAGAUAAAAGAGCUGGAGCAGUUGGGGCAGCAGUAGAGCUGAGAAUGUUGUGUAUAUGAUUUUCACCACAUUAAGGCUUUAAGUUACUUUUGCAAUUCAUGUGUUUCCUCUUAAUUAUGAAAGUUGUUUGAGAGAAUUACUAUAUUCAUGCAUUUGUUUUCUGUAAGAACCACGGUAUAGGACGCAUGCUACAAUUCUUGAAUCAAUAAUCAUGAUAGUGCCUAUAAGUAUAAGAUGCCCCCUUAUAAUUUAUAAGGCAAAUGCAGAAUUUUCUCUA